AUUUCGCAUUGCGUUGCGUCUUUGUCUGUGUGGUACGUGAUAGGUGUAUAGUGUAGUCAUUGGAUUGGUUCCGUGUCCUUGGGUUGUACAGUUUUGUAACGCAACGUUUUUUAUGCGGAAAAGGAGCUAGAAAUAUUUGACAGUUGGUGAAUUGUGCUUUUGUUGAGGACACAAUAUUUUCUACUUCUACUAAUAAAUAUGGCCAAUUUUAAAGUAUUUCUUUUGGUUUGUGGGGUGAUAGCAGGUGUAUGUGGCUCAGGGGAUAAACUUGAUCCAGAGCCACUUCAUACAAGUCCAUUAAUACCUCCCCAACCUACCUCUACACCGACAUCCACAACUCCACCUCCAACAUCUACAACCUCUGCGACAACCCCUAAAACAACUACCACAGCACAACCAACAACACCCUCUACAACAACAACGUCUAAGCCUACAUCAACCACACCUAAGCCUACAUCAACCACACCUAAACCUACAUCAACCACACCUAAGCCUACAACACCAACUCCAACACCAACUCCUGCUCCUGGACCAGUGGAUCCAAAAGUAGCUAACUGGACGGUGAAUUAUGCUAAUAGCAACCGAAGCUGCAUUAUCUUAUUUGUGGCCACGCAGUUCGAAAUCCUGGAUUCAAACAAAACAAAAGUCAAUGUACCUGUUGAUGCGACUGCCAGCGGCUCCUGUGAGGGAAAGGAUGUGCAGACACUGACAGUUUCGUGGGGUCAGAACAAUUCAUUAGAAUUAGAUUUUGAAAAAAACAACUCAAAUAAAUUUGAUCUGAACCGCAUCGUUUCUACUCUCAAUGUUUCAAUAAAUUCAGUCCCCAAAGUGUACAAGUUGUUCCACCAGAAAACGGAAUUUUCAACACCUCUGGAAAAUUCUUACAAAUGUGCCCAUCAACAAACAUUGAAUUUGACAGAAGAAAAUUCAAAUGUCACCGUUGCAUAUCUUCAUGUGAGCCACCUUCAGUACCAAGCAUUCCGCAACUCAACAGAACACAAAUUUGACUCAGCUUUGGAUUGUGAAAGUUCUGUGACCCCUGACGUGGUCCCUAUCGUCGUGGGAUGUGUACUGGCCGCGCUGGUAGUAGCGGUGCUCGCAGCCUACCUCUUUGGAAGAAGACGUUGCCAAGCUCGCGGUUAUCUAUCAAUGUUUGAAGAAACUAGAACAGAGGCAGACUACAUUCCCAUGAAAAACUUGUCAUGUUUUAACUAAUAACCAUUGCGCAAUUAUAUCUAUAUACACUUUAUUCUAUAUAUGUCGUACUCUAAAAUUUGAACUUUUAAAAAACUUUUGUGCCCUAUAUGUUCAAUACAGACAAAUUUUAAUUUUUAAUAGUAACAGAUUUACACACAAAAAAAUUUUAUUGAGGAAAUUGGAGUCAACUCAUGUUUCAUUUGUAAUUUUUCCCUACUACUACAUAUAAAAUCAUACUUCAACAAAGUACCUAAUUUAGAACUACACAAUCAUUACUUAUGAUAUUGGACUUAAUAAUCCUCACUUGUAGAUAAUUAUAACUUCUAAAUAGUUGUUAAAAAAUUAUUAAUAGCUAAUAGGUAAAACAUUUAAUUUUACGUUAUUUGCUUUAAAAAAUAAGCUGGUUGUAACAGUAUUAGGUAGGUCAGAAUUUUAUUAAUUAGGUAUAUUAAAUAUUACCUACUUAAAGAAAUAUUUCAACUGAUUUUUACAUAUUUUUAAUGUUAUUAUGUAUUGUGUUAACACAAGUGCACUUAAAAGUUAUUGUAUCUGUAAAGGUUGUAAACUUAUUUCUGGUAUUUAUAAAAAUGUACUGCAUGAGUAGUUGGAAAACUCACACGUUACCAAAGCUAACGAAUAUUAUGGAUUCGAUAAAUUAUUCUUCUGAAUAUUUGUCGUAAGGAUCCUACUGAAACGUAUUGUGAUAUUAGAAAUUAACUCCUAACGCUUUCAAAUAGGAUCUAGUCAUCGGUAAAUGUAUUGUGCGUUUUACUGUCCACUCAUUUAGUAAAACGUAAAUGCAUUUAUCAAACUUUAUUAUGAUUUAUGUUUAAUUUUAAGCAUUUUUUAGAUACCAGUGUGUUAUUUUUAGUCUAAGUUGACUUUAAAU